AAAAAUUGAAAGUCUAGGAAUCUAUUAAACAUAAAUUUAAAUUUAUAUCUUAGUUCUUGAAUUUAUUAGGGGGUUUGUUAAGACACAAUAUUAGAAAUUUGAGGACUUAUUAGAUAGUUUUGAAAAUGGCUUUUUCAUUUUUCCUGAAUUUGUGCAAAACUCAGUACCCACCAAAUUAUAAUCAUGACAAGGGGCAUAAAGGAAAACAAGUCAUAUCCGCUAGGAGGUUUUUUUAUGUGAUUCAGACAAACUCAAUAUUUGGAAGAGAAUUAAAGCAAUUAAAAGUCCAACCAAUAAAUUUAAAAAGAAAAAGAAAAAAAAAAAGUAAAGUAAUUGAAAGUCCAACCAAUGACAACACUUGCCAUCUUAAUUUUCAAUUCUAAGUUCUAAAUAAUAAAUAAAUAAUAGACAGCAUGGCUAAAAUUCAGUCGCAAAAAGCAAGCUUUGUUGUGAACUAGCAAGCAAUCAACUUUAAUUCUGAAAGAAAAGUAAAAUAGGAGGAUAUUAUUCUUUAUAAAUAUUAUAUAUAAAAAAAAAUAAGUACUUCCAUUUACUAUUAAGAAAACAAAUAAAAAAAUAAAGAAAAAUAUUUACGUGUAUCUCUAGUUACUCAUCUUUGUUCAAUCUAUCCAAUACCCAAUCACUAGUUGUCACAUGACAAACUUUUCUUUAUUUUGAAAAAAAUAUUAUUUUAUAUUUUUUUAAAUAAUAAUUAAGUGUAACUUAGGUUGCUCCUAUAUCAAGCCUUCCUUUUUAACAUAGUAAAAUAAUAAUAAUAACUCAAUUUGUCGUGUGAUGAAUUUUAAUUGGAUAAUAGGCCGCACAAAAAUGGAUGUAGCCACUAACACCUGAAUAUUACUCAAAAUAAAUAGUUUCAUUCAUCUCAUUGUAAGACUAUGAAAUCAUAUAAUUUCCAUAAAAUAAAUAUAUCUAUAUGUCGUCAUGCAUGAUAAACAUGAUGAAUUCCAUAAAUAAAUAAAUAAAUAAAAACUCCAACUCCAUGUUUUGUUUUGUGUUUAUUCUCAUACUUUUAAGUUGAGUUUCUGACUUGAUAUUUUUAUUUUAACACAUAAACUGAGAUUCUGUGAAAAUAUAGAUGAUCAUGGAGGCCCAUAAAGUAUUUGGGAGAGAAGACAGAAUCUUCUGUCCCAAAUGGCUAAAAGUUUCAUUUUCACCAAUUUCUCUAUUCUUUGGUUGUGAAGCUGCUUGUUUUCCUUGUAUGACAGCUGAUUCAAAGGCAGAAACUUUCACUCUAUGGAUGAAGUCUCUUAUCAUGCAAGGAAAUGGUCUUACUGUUUUCAAUGGAAAUGGUCGGAUCGUUUUUCGCAUCGACAAUUAUGAUGAGAAGAGCAGCCGGGAAGUUUUUUUGAUGGAUCUUCGAGGGAAACUUCUCUUUACGCUGCGUCGAAAGAGUAUCUGGUUUGAGUGUGAUUGGGAGGGCUUUAAAGAGGAUGGCGAUGUAAAUAGAGAGGAAAGAAAGCCAUUCUUUAGAGUGAAAAAGGUUCUCAGAUUUUUCAGUAAAAAGUUAAGCUGUGAUGUAAUAUUCUGUGGAGAUGAAUCUCAGGAAAGUUUGUGCUAUAGGUUCGAAGGGUUGUGGGGCAAAACAACAUUUAGAAUACUAGACAGCCGUGGAGGACUUGUCGCAGAGGCAAAGAGAAAGCAAUCAACUUUAGGAAUUCAAUUGGGAGAAGAUGUUUUGAGUUUGGUCCUAGUACAGACUAAUUUAGACCAUUCCCUUCUCAUGGCUCUUGUGACUGUGUACCUAUUGAUUCAACAUAGAAUAUGAUUCAUUUAAUUCAAGAGAGAGAACAAGGAGAAAGACCUGGGAAAAUGCCUGAAGAAUCUGAUGUUUCUUUGCUUCACGCAGCCAAAGUAGCAAAGUGGACCCAAAAUAGCCAGCUUCUUGACCAGUCCUACCUGCAACACUUUUUGUCCCUUUCCCCUUCAAAUUCUUUCAAGAGAAUAAGAGAGCAGCCAUUGGAAAGUAUGCAAUUUAAUUCAUAAAUCUUGUACAUGAAUACUUUUACACUGUAUGUUAGUAGAUUUCUUUUGGCUGAUAAGGUAUGGUUGGUGGUUUCUGGCCCACCUCCAGGUUCUUCAGUUAUUAGGCUUGGUGGGCUGAGAAUUGUAUGUCAAAAUGCAUCUGCCUGCAAUAGACUUAAUUACAAGAAAUUCCCUGCAAAAG